CUCACCGAGAAGCUCGUGCUGGAGAAGACGAAAUGCACCAGCCUGUACGGCGUGCGCAACAUCAACCUGUGGGGCUCCUCGCUCGACGACGUCGACGUCGUGCAGCGGAUGCCCAACCUCGAGUCCCUCUCGCUCAGCGUCAACAGGCUCGCCUCCCUGCGGGUCUUCGCGCGGUGCCCAAACCUCGUGGACCUGCACCUGCGCAAGAACGACAUCGCCGACCUCGACGAGGUCCGUUUCCUCGUCGGCCUGGACCGCCUGCGAACCCUGUGGUUGUGCGAUAACCCGUGCGCGCUGGAGCCAAACUACCGUAUGCGCGUCAUCGCCAUGCUUCCCUCGCUGCUCGUCCUCGACGGAGACGAGGUCACCCUGGACGAACGACGCGCGGCGGAGACGAUGCCG